AUGAGUAGCGACAAGCGAAGACGAAAACCCGUCAACACCGCCCCCAAGAGCGCAAAGCGGUUCCAGGUCCCCCGCGCCUGCCAACGCUGCAAGUCCCUCCGCCGAGGAUGCGAAGAGCGCCGCCCCUGCGGCCGCUGCGUGCGCGCCGGCGCAGCAGAUGACUGCGUCCAAGCUGGCCCGUCGGAUCCGUCCCAGACGCCGUCGUCACCCUCGGGCCCGGAAUGGGCGCAGGUGGCCGCCGUCGCCGGCAACCCAACCCUGGUGUCCGAGUGCGCGGCGCUCUUCUUCGAGCACUGCUUCCCUACCAUACCCAUCCUGACGCCCUCGUACAUCAGCCGCCUGCAGCAGAAAGCCGCCGCGGACUCCGGCCCGCCCGAGGCGUCGGUCCUGCUGGCCGCCCUCUGCGCCUACGUCCUGCUGCACGUCGACGAGCCGCCGAGCGCCCUGCCACGCCGUGACGGCCACUACGGGACGUGGUUGCUAGACACGGCCUCGGCGGCGUACCGGGCGUCCUGUUGGCAUCUCCCACCCUCUCUGGACACAUGCCUCCUCAGCUUCUUCCUGUACGCGGGCCAGACGCGGCUGUCCAGGCAUACCCAGACGCUGCUGUUCCUCCGGCAGGCCACGGCCCUGUGGGAUCUAGCCAAGGACCGGCGACCGCCCGCGGGGACGGACACAGACACGGCACGGGAGCAGAGGACGCUGCUGGACAGGCUGUUCUGGGUCCUGCUGGCCUCGGAGCGCUCGCACGCCAUCCGCUACGGCCGCUCCAUCACGCUGCAUGUGACGCCGGACGCGCCGGAUCUAGACGCACACAGGGACUCGUCCCCGGGGCUCUGCAUCCUGGCGGCGCUGUUCCGGCCCAUCGACUCGGCCUUCAUGGCCGUCGUGAACCGCGAGGCGGCUCAAUCGUCGUCGGCCUCUCCCGAGAUGCUGGAUGCCGCGGAGCGGUGCGUCAACGCCGCGGUGCCCGCGCGGUUCCCCUUCCGGGACGUGCAAAAGGCCAACCUGCGCAUCACGCAGCUCUGGCUGCGCAUCGUCAUCUGGCAGCUCCGCCUGCGGCUGGGCCAGCUCACCGACGUGUCGCACCGGCGCAGCCUGACGUACCGGUAUCCGCUGGACGUGGCGAGGGAGCUUGUCCUCUCGACGCGCGACCUUGCCACGCGUGCCAUGGCCGUCCAUGGCGUCGGCCUGACGGAGAAGUUGUUUGAUAUCGCGUCGGCCGUGGUGGACGUCAUGGCGGGCAUCCCGCAGGCGCCGAGGCUGCCGCAUACGGGGGUGGAAGGGCCGCCCGAGGAUGAUUUGGCCUAUAUACGCGGCUUGGUGGUGCGGCUGCCCGGCGGCAAGGACGUCUACGACGGCUUGUUGGAGAGACACCUUGAGCAAGCGCUGCAAAGUCCGCUGCAGAGCCAGGCGGUGCCAAGUCAGGGGCUUGACGAAUCACCAAGAUGA